CUCGGGGUCUGGUAAUUCUCUUUCGAUACUACGCUCUUUAAAUAAUAAUAAUUAGUUAAAGUAAAGACGGGCAUAUUGAAAAGAGUGGCUUUUAUGAUAAGUUGAGAUACGAAGGUAUUGUACAAACGUUACCGCGAAGUCUAUGCCCAAUUAGGCUACAUCUUACAGUGCGAAUUCCUAGUGAAGCCCAGGCAGCUACCCCCCGUGCAAAUCCAAAUCUAGCCCUGCUGCUUCCGCCGCUUUCGUGCGGGUUCGAUGUUCAUCGGAGGGGUGCAUCAUUAAGCUCUUUACUAGAACAGCCUCAUAUUUUUUUAUUUCUUAAACUCUCUUCCCACCAAUUCCAACAAGUAGACGAUCAAACUACCGUUGUAUUUGCGAUCCCAACUUGACAAUUUAUUUUUCACCCACAACCUUUUUACACCUACAUACUUGACCGACGUCAUAUACCAUUACCCCCACCAACAAAUUCAGAUACCCGAUACCCUAUAGCAGUCAAGAUGGCGCAGGUCACUCCCGAAGUACUAUGGGCUCAGCGCUCUUCCAACACGGAACCCGAGAAGAACUUUAUCUAUCUCACCAUUUCGGUUCCUGAUGUCCCCAAGGAGAACCUGAAGCUUGAUAUUCAGCCUACAUCCCUAACCUUCACCGGUCACUCCGAGACCCUGAAGCGAACGUACCACCUAGAUCUUACCUUCUAUGCUGAGAUCGACCCCGCCCAGAGUCAGGUCCACCAUACCGCUCGCAAUGUUGAGCUCAAGCUGCGCAAGAAGGAGCUCAACGACGAGUACUGGCCGCGUCUUCUCAAGGAAUCUAAGAAAGUCCAGUUCUUGAAGACCGACUUCGACAAGUGGGUCGAUGAGGACGAGCAGAACGAGGCUCCAGAAGAAGACUUCUCACAAUUCGGCGGUAUGGGAGGCAUGCCAGGCAUGGGUGGAAUGGGUGGAAUGGGCGGAAUGGGUGGAAUGGGCGGAAUGGGUGGUGCCGGCGGUGACUUUAGCGGUAUUGAUUUCUCCAAGCUCGGUGCUGCCGGUGGUAUGCCCGGUGGCGAGGAGGAGGAAGAUGAGUCUGACGAUGAUAUGCCGGCUCUCGAAGGUGAGGAGGAGGGCAAGGACGAGAAAGACGCGACCAAGGCUGCCGCAUAAACACGUUUCUGCAGGCUCCAAAGCACAAACCCUUCCGGGCGCCUUGUGCAAAAUCCACUCGUCCUGCUUGGACCCGAGAAUACGGCCCAGGCGAUUGAGAGAACUAGCAAGUGGUAAUGCGAUUCAGAUAUGUUUCGGGAGCCGGCGAGCUAUUGGCAAGCUAGGAGGUUAGGUUACCUGGUACUUAACGCUGGAUUCCGAUUAAAAAUUUAUGAAGUAAUUAAGCAUGUUCUGCUAGACAAUGGUGCCGGGAU